CUUGCGAAACCCUCUCUUACCUGCAAUUUCAAAUGGUUACUCCUGCUGUUAAACACACCAUUGUGAAGAAGCGCACUGCUCACUUCAAGCGCCACCAGUCUAACCGCUUCAUGCGCGUUGGUGAAUCCUGGAGAAAGCCCAAGGGUAUUGACAGUCGUGUCCGCAGACGCUUCAAGGGUCAAGCUCCCAUGCCCAAGAUCGGUUACGGAUCCGCUAAGAAGACCCGCCACCUUCUCCCCAACGGUUUCCGCAAGUUCCCCGUCUCCAACCUCAAGGAGCUCGACCUCUUGUUGAUGCACAACCGUACCUACGCCGCUGAGAUCGCCCACAAUGUCUCUUCCAAGAACCGCAUUGCCAUCAUUGAGCGUGCUGCUCAGCUCAACGUCAAGGUUGUCAACGCCAACGCCCGUGUCAGAUCCCAGGAGUAAACACAGAAAUCAUCUUUUUGUAAACCAUCAAAAAACCUUAUAUAAACAGGAAGUAAUCGCCUCGAAUUGUUUUGUGAGUGUUA